AUGCUAGGACUUGUGCCAUAUACAAUCGUUUACGUGCUGUACGCACUGAAGCUGGUGGGUGCCGACGAUAGCAGCGGCAAUUUCACCAACACCCCAGCUAUUGAGGUCAAGGGGAACAAGUUUUUCUAUUCCAAUAAUGGAUCCCAGUUUUAUAUGAAGGGUGUGGCUUACCAGGCCGACACAGCGAACUCUUCGUCUACUGAAGUUACCAUUGUGGAUCCUUUGGCGGACUACGACACUUGUUCCAGAGAUUUGCCAUAUCUACUAGGAGCAGAGACCAACGUGGUUCGUGUCUACGCUCUAAACACCUCUCUGGAUCACAGCAAGUGUAUGAAAGCUUUUGGUGAGGCCGGAAUUUAUGUCGUCGCGGAUUUGUCGGAACCAUCAGAGUCCAUCAACAGAGAUUCGCCUGCAUGGACCUUAGAUCUAUACAAACGUUACACAGGAGUGGUAGACGCCAUGUCUAACUACUCGAACGUUUUAGGAUUCUUUGCCGGUAACGAAGUUACCAAUAACAAUUCCAACACUGACGCUUCGCCGUUCGUGAAAGCUGCUAUCAGAGACACUAAACAGUACAUUAAGGACAAAGGAUACAGAAGCAUUCCAGUAGGUUAUUCCUCUAAUGAUGACGAAGAUACGAGAGUUCCGAUGGCUGACUACUUUGCCUGCGGCGACAGCGAUGUCAGGGCUGACUUUUACGGUAUUAACAUGUACGAGUGGUGUGGUUCCUCUACUUUCCAAACCUCUGGUUAUGCUGACAGAACAAAAGAUUUCGGCAAUUUGAGUAUCCCAGCUUUCUUCUCGGAGUACGGAUGCAACGCCGACCCACCAAGAAAGUUUGAAGAAGUUGGAACCCUAUAUGGCAAAGAUAUGACAGAUGUCUGGUCGGGCGGAAUUGUUUAUAUGUACUUUGAAGAAGCUAACAAAUAUGGACUGGUUUCCGUCGAUGGUAGCAAAGUUAGCACAUUAUCAGACUACAACAAUUUGAAAAGUCAGUUGGCCUCUGUGUCGCCAUCUGCUGUCAAUAUGAAUUCCUAUACUCCCUCUACUACUUCGCUCUCUUGCCCUGCAACAAACUCAAAUUGGAAAGCUGCAACUGCGUUGCCACCAAGCCCGGAUAAGGACGUUUGCGAUUGCUUAGAAGGUUCCUUGACGUGUGUCUUGAGCGAUAGCGUAGAUGAAGAGGACUAUGGUACGCUGUACGGAAUAUUGUGCGGAGACAAAGUUGACUGCGGUGAUAUCACUGCCAAUGGUACAUCUGGAGACUACGGUGCCUAUUCAUUCUGCGAUAAUUCUGUCAAGCUAUCGUACCUCUUGAACAAAUAUUACGAAGCCAAUGGGAAGUCAAAGUCUGCUUGCUCUUUUGACGGUUCUGCCUCGCUCGCUUCCGCUACCAGUUUAGCCUCUUCGUGCCAAACUAAGCUUUCUUCGGCUUCGGCAAAGGCCUCCCAGAGUGGUUCAUCUGGGUCCGGGAGCUCGGGAAGUUCUGGAAGUUCCGGAUCAUCUGCAACUGGAAGUGGAUCCAGUUCAAGCGCCUCCUCAACAAGCUCGAAAAAGUCCUCUGCUGGGAUGCAAGUAAAACCUGUUUCUGCUUUCGGCAUAUGGCUAGCAGCCAUAUCAGUGAUGUCUGCUUCUGUCGGGCUAUUUUCCACGAUCUUAUAG